UUUACUUUUAUUGACAAUCAUAAGGCAUAUGUUGUCAAUAAGUUAAAAAUAUAAUUUUUUUGUAUAUUCUUUGUUUUCCUUGGAAUUUCCGGAGUUUUCACAAAAAAUAAACAUAUCGAAUUGGUUUUGACGUGGAAAUAAAUAAAAGAAAUGCCUAAGCUAAAAAAGUUUUUGCCUGGUAUUUUCAGUAAUGCUAAAGAUAGUCAAAAGAAUUCCAAUAAAAAUGGUAACGAAAACAAUAACAUUGAAGUUAAAUGUGUUGCGGGAAGACUCGAAACAGAUGCUCUGCCAGUUGACGAUAAUGAAGAAUUACCAACCAGUAAUAAUAACACACCAACACCUUCAACAGAACUAACAGAAUCAGUGGUCAGAGAACUAUCCGCACCAAACUACAAUUCGAUCGAUGCAGCAAAUAAUAGUUAUGCAUUUGAAGGUGAAACUGGGUUGAACUCCCAUACGGGAGCAGUUGCUUUGCAAUCAACCAACAAUGCCUUGACGCCAACAUCACCUGGUGCGCUGGCACCAGCUACUAUGAAUACAAUGAAUGUACAUAAUGCUCAACAACAAAUGGUAAUGCAAUUCUCCAACAUUAAACAACUGCAUUUUGGUUCAGUCUAUAAUUUUAAUAGCAAUAUAAGUGGUAUAGCUACUAACAACACACGUAAAAGUGGUAGAAGUGACGAACCCAACUCCCCGAGUUGUUCUAAUGGUGCAGACAAUCCAAAAAGACUUUUACCACGUAAAACUACUUCAAUUGUGGCUAUGAUGCAGUCACGUGAGGAGCCAAAUCACCGUAUAUUGGAAACUGUAUCUACACACCUAGGCGAAGGUUGGAAACAUGUGAUGCGAGAGCUGGGCCUCUCGGAGGGACAAAUCGAGCAGGCUGUAAUCGAUCAUCAAAUGCAUGGUGGAAUUAAAGAGGUUAUUUAUCAACUGCUGUUGCAAUGGAUCCGUGAUGCUGAUGAUAAUGUUGCAACGCUGGGACGUAUUACCUUGCUGCUUUGGGAAUUGAACCAUCGCGAUUGUGUGCAACGCAUGAAAUUGGUUUACAAAUCCGAAAUGGACAAAAGAACCCCUUCUUCAUAAAACUGACGAUUUCAUACAGGUAAUACGAAGUGCCUUAUUGGGUUGACGAGCAAAGCCCAGGUUCUCAUCAACUAGUGUAUAUAUGCAUAUGCAUAUAGACAUUAUUUCAAAGAAUUUUGUUUGACUCUUCAGUGCAAGGAGUAAAAAAUUAUGUACUGUGCAAUAUUUUAUAUUUACUUAAAUGAAAACUGUCUGUCUUAUGAACAUGUGCAUGCUUUAAACGUCCAUCGGCGUGUGCAUUAUUAGAACUAUGGUAUAUACAAAUGUGUUUACGCCACUUGCUCAAAUUGUACUGAUUGUUAUGCUUAAAGUUUGUUACUGAAAUAGCAAUGGUCCAUAAGUAUAUAAAUACAUAUGAAUAUAUUUGCAGAUUUUUGUCAAAAUCAAUUUAAUUUCAGUAAAGAGAAUACGGUAGUGUUAAGUUAAAUUUUGUAAUUCGGGUUUAAAAUUUAAUAGAUUUUACAAAGUAAAUAAUUGACAUUUAGGUAAGGAAACAUACACUAGAAAGUCUUAUGAAGAACCCACUUUAUAUCGAAUAUACAAGAGUUUAUUUAGAACUAAAAUUGUAAAAUAAAUUUUUUUUUUAAUAUAAACAUGUGUAAUGUUAAUAAAAAUUACAUACAACUAUGAUUUUUAAUGACUAUAAAAGCUUUAAUAUGUAAAAAAAAAUAAAA